CCUGCUGAGUAAGUUGAUUCUCUAACUUGAGAUACACACAAAUCUAACGUCGUCGCAGUCUUCUCAUGGUCUCUACGGCUGUUUCCUACUCGCGUUGUCCGGGUUAUGCGUUUUUGUUCAUGAUGAUACUUUUGCUUGUUGCAGCAGGUGUUCUGAUAGAUUAAUCAAUGUGUGUCGAGCGAGGUUUCUCCGUCUGUAAUGAAACGGGAGCAGAUUGUUCUCACCUCAUGGUCGCUUUCUUUCAUCUGCAGAAAUGAACUGCUUCAGCCAAAAGCUGAGACGCACAUCUCCCGUGCGUGGCAGCAGUAGAAACCAGCUGGUCCCCUCUAAGCCUCCCAGGGUGAACGGAUGGUCAUGGCCCCCUCAGGCAUUCCAAGUGGUUGGCUGGCUGGUGUACAGCUACCUCGCCAUCGUCGGCUUUGGCAUCUAUAUCCCUCUUCUGCCUCUGCCGUGGAACCUCGUGGUCUAUGCUCUGACUGGCAUAGCAUUUAUUGUACACUUGUUUGCUCAUAUUGCUGCCAUGACAAUAGACCCGGCUGACAUCAGUGUGAGGGCCAAACAGAGAUAUUCCAGCCCAAUGGUCAUUUUUGACAGGACUAAGCAACCGCACGUCAUCCAGGACCUACACUGUUAUCUAUGUGACGUCAAGGUUGGCCCCAGAGUGAAGCACUGUGGCAUUUGCAACAAGUGUGUGGAAGACUUUGAUCACCAUUGCAAAUGGCUGAACACCUGUGUGGGUGGCAGAAACUUCUGGUGCUUCUUUUUGGCACUGUCCUCUGCGAUGCUUGGCGUCUUCCUGCUCGUUGGGGUAAUUUCUUUCAUAUUUAUUCAGCAUUACCUGGAUCCAAACAGCCUCCGGACCGCCCCACAGUACGACAGUAUGCUGGGGAAUGGUACCUGGCUGGUGUUUUUACCCGUGGCGCCCAUAAAGACGAGUUCAGCGGGUCUCCUUAUAUUAGCGUUCAUGACGGGCAUGCUGAGCAUCACCUGUAUGUUGCUCCUCGGUCAUCUGCUGGGCUUCCACUUUUACCUCUUUUAUAAAGGCAUAAGCACAUACGAUUAUGUAAAGAGGCAGCGCCAAAAAGACACCAGAAACAUCGAAGCAGGAAAUCCACAAGAUGUGAAAAUCAAUAGCAAGGCCCCGCAGAAUCAAGAGAGCUCGAUUGACUGUGAGCCAGUGUUAUCAAAUAGUUUGGGUACCUGUAAAUUUGACGAUACAGGCCCAUUCACAAGCCGACUUUCCGAGUCCAUAUGCACUGAGGUGGAGAACUUUAAUAAAUCUGCAGAUAAAGAGAAUAGUUUCCAUUAUGGCACAGAAAAUCCCACCAAGAACACAGCAAGGGAAAUGUCUGUGACAGACAACACAAGCUGGAAGCCUGAUGCGAAAGAGGCUCAGAGUGCAAGUGAGCAGUGUGACCCCCAUGUUCCUGGAGUGCAGGACCCUCUGGGGAGCUCAGUUAUGACUUGAUGAUACUGACCAGUAACUCAUGUUUGCUUGGUUGUGCAUCAGGAUGUGCUGUUCGGAGAAAGUAUGAAUGUAUAUUGAAAAUAUGCAUCAUGAAACUGAGCCACCCAACCAUGGAGCAUUGUUAUAAGGGCAGAGGACACAUUGGACUUUACACCAAAGUUAGAUCUGGGGACAGUUAUUUCAUCCAGUGGACAUUUUGUAUGCAGUCUAAAGCUGUGGAGCUGUCAUUGUGUUUUGUCCUUCUUUAAAAAAAAAUCUACACUGUGUUUUUUUAUAACAGUUGACUUAUUUAAAGCAUUGUUUUAUCUCACUCACGUGUAUAGAAAGUCAAAGUCCAUGUUGGCCUUUUUUCCACUAGCCUGAGUCAGAUAGCUGGAUGUACUCUGGCAUCAGGCUGGAACAUGCUACUGGAUGUGACUAUUCAUAUUGUAAGCCGAUAAUUGGUAUUGAAUAAUGUAGACAGUAACUCUUAGACCCAUUUAAUCCGAUGGCCAAAGAGAGAGCCUUUUAUGGUAACGUACAUUUUCAUUUCUGAGCCAAAAAGUCUAAUAAACGUACGUAUCGGUUUUAUUCAAUAAUUUUAAGCACGGACAGUAGCAGCCCAUUCAAGUGUUGUUUAUAUUCUUGUAGUUUGUGUCCAUUUGUAAAUUGUCUCAAAUAGUCGCCACGAGAGGACGACGUUACAACCUUCACCUCACUUCAGGGAACACGAGGAGUAGCCUUUAAAUAAAAAAAUAAGAUGGGCCGACACAGAAAGGAAAAGGCUACCUUAGCACUUACAAUUAGUUGAAUUUAUUAACAAAUAAAGAGAACAACAAACGGAAGCAAAAAAUGGCUUUAGGAUGUCUGAGGCCAAAACAAACAGGAAAAAAAACUAGCCAUACAAUAUAAACUCAAUGAUUUUACUGAAAAAAAUAUAAUACUAAAUACUAAACUCCCUUACUAGCCAUGGACCUGGAAACACAUAGUGCCAAAGAAAUGACAGACAACCCCAACAAGGUUUCUUUAAACAAAGUAUCAAUAUUUUAAGAUGGCGAAAAAUACAGUUUCAUCAGUAAAUCUCCAACACAGAGCAACAACAGACCAGAACACUGAAUCUGGGGUCAGAUGUGCAGCUUCAGGUGUGAUAGGCUCUGAGAAAGGGGCUCGGCAGACAUGACACAAAAAGAGCCCAGAAAAACAAAUCUGUGGCCGUAAUAGUCUGGUUUUCAAAUAGAGGAACAGUUUGAGUGGAAAUCAAAACAUUUCAUCUCUAUUGUUUCAGAGUGGGCUGCCUCUCAUGUGACCUACCAUACAUAAGAUAAUAUUGUUUAAUGUAUUGUAUGGCUUGAAUAAAAUAUUGCUCGACAAAUUGUGA